AUAUAUAGACAUAAAAGAACCUCAUCUUCAGACUUGAAUCAUCCUUCCACUCCACAGCACAGGAAGGAAGGAUGGCUUAUGUAUUUGCUAAUUGCAGUUUCUCGAUUUCCUAUUUUGGUUUACCUCUCUUGCAACCGGGAGUGAGAGAUUCAAACCGAGGAACACUCACUCCCCUAUGCUUAAAUGGUAGGACGGGAUUUAGUCGCAGCUUCUCCAGCAUCCCUAGAACAAGAACAAGAACAAGAACAAGAACUAGAACUAGAACUAGAACUAGAAGUACUACUUCUUCAAACUCUAGUGGCACUCCGGAUGACCCCUCUGAGUCUGAUCAGACUAAGAAGACACCAUUUGGAUAUACAAGGAAAGAUGUCAUAUUAAUUGGACUUGGAGUUACUUUCCUUGGCAUUGGCUUAAAAACUGGAUUAGAGUAUGUUGGAGUUGAUCCACUACAAGCAGGAAAUGUAGUUCAGCUGGUGCUGGUUUUGGGCCUCACAGUUGGAUGGAUCUCAACAUAUAUCUUUAGAGUUUCAAACAAGGAAAUGACAUAUGCACAACAACUGCGUGACUACGAAAGCAAAGUGAUGGAGAAACGUUUAGAGUCCCUAACAGAAGCAGAACUACAAGCACUGCUUCAAGAAGUGGAGGAAGAGAAGAGUCGCUAGCUAAUGGUGCUGUUAAUUGGAGCAACUUGUUUGUAUAUAUACACUGAAGUUUUACUGCAGUAAUUUAAACAGAAAUUUCAAUCUAUAUGGAACUAGUUAAGGAAGGUUUUAGCUUUGUUUUCUUCAUUUCACUCACAGUCACAGACAAAAGGGUGAGACUUCAAAUCUUUAGCGUUCGCAAAAAAAUCCAGAUGGAACACAACUCUGUAAGGUAAGAUGAUAAUGCUUAUAUAUUCACGUAAUUUAGCGACUUUUACUUAGUGUCA